UUUGUAAAUAUUUAUGUCAAUGAAUCAUGAUUAAUAAAAUACAGGGUUUUCCUAUUUCUGUGUGUUUGUUGUUUUGUUUUCAUCAAUCACACGGCCGACGCGAGAUGUCCCUAUCGUCGAUCGUAUCGUCGACAUUCAGUUAAUUGUUGUCUCUCUUCCUCCAUGACCUCACCAUAAAUUUCGAUUACAACCAUUAGUAUAACGAUCAAAGUUUAGAUAGCUAGGCCAAAUCUGUCCAUUGCAUCUGUACCAAAUUAAAGCAGGGCCAACUCUUCUGGUUCUGGGGCCACAUAUAUAGUGCCAAAUUAUCCGGUUUAUGAAAACUGCCCGCUUUGUCUUGCCAUGCCUCAUCUUAAUUUUGUACCGGUCUCAGGUGUUCAUUAAUGAUUUUCUUUUUAUUAGAACAUUCAGAGACAUAUUGUGACCAAAGGGAUCAUUGGUUAGCGUACAGCUAACGUAGACUCAGUCAUUUGCCUAAUUUUGCCACAAGUGUGGCUUACAAUUUGCAGGCCAUAAAAAGUGUGUCAAAGCCACACUCUUAUCUAAAGUGAGUUAUCUAAAGUGUGUCAAACAGCCCUGUAGAACCAAGCAGCCCUGUAAAAAAAAUAGUUAAGAACCAAACAGCCUGUAGAACAUAAUUGCGGUGUAUUGCAGCCAUUCCAACUCUUUUUUUUUCCUAAUCUUCAUUUCUACUAUGUCAGGUUGGCUUGACGUAUUCCGCAAUUUGUCCAAAAGUAACAUCAGCUUAAUUAAUUGGUUGUGUGGUCAUAUUUGUGUCUCACCUCCUAACCUAGUCAUCCAUAAACCAAUGGAACAGUAUCAUUUAUGCACAACCUAGAGCCUUCUAAAUUUUGGAUGGGUUUAAAUAGGCCGGGCGGCCGCGCCAUCUGUCCAAACACCAGGCUAAUGUAGGCUAGUUUUGUAAAGUAAAUUUUUUAAAAAAAAUGUAGAGCCCACCUCCGUUUGAGUUAAAAAGGAUAUAAUUGGCAACAAAAUGCUGGCAUGCAGCAGUUAACAGUCAUAGAAUUUUCAUAGUUGUCAGCAAACAAAAUGGUCGCAGUAAGAGAAAAGGAACACACAUGGCGAAGAUAGAUGCAACAUUAAUCUCACAUCCACUGCAUGCCGUUUAAGAUGCUAGCUAGCACACUCCAGUAAACUUGAAGGUACCCUUGAUAUUUAUUUUCACAUGCCAAUUCAUUGCAGUACAAAUAUGCACUAGAAGCUUGCACAUUAUGCUUCUGCGAGGAACAUAAAAAAGAAGAAAUGUAUAUAUAUAGUUGUGAGGAGCAUAUAUAUAGAGAGAGGGAUCAGAAAACUAAAGGCGAUGAAGAUAUAUCCAGAUCACACACACAAUGUGUAUUUUUCUCAUCUCAUCCAAUCAAGGCUAUCUCAAGUUGGACAUUGCAAAAGCCUUGGACAGGGUCAGAUGGGACUAUCUUCUUGACCUCCUUUGCAGUAAAGGUUUCCCGGAGAGAUGGAUAAAUUGGGUCGCAAACAUCCUUCGAACCUCCUCCACAAGACUCUUGCUCAAAGGCUCCCCGGGUACUACCAUCAGGCACGGUAGAGGGCUCCGUCAAGGGGAUCCGCUCUCCCCUCUUCUCUUUUUCCUGGCCAUCGACCCCUUAAAGGCCAUGCUAGAAAGGGCCAUUGAUCUCGGGUUACUCACCCAACUCAACGGGAGAACAGUACGCCUCCGAACAUCUCUCUACGCGCGACGCCCACCAGUACGUUCGCUGAUACGAGAAAUUUUCUGAUGCCAAAAUAAAUACAUAAGGAGGCCGAUCAUUAGUGCAUGGUCAUAAGAAUACCUGACACUGAUGCCAGGUAUUCUUAUGAUCCAACACUGAUUAUCUAGCACUUCAAGGCCUGAAAGCUAUAUGGAGGAGGAUUUUGGGGCCUUCCUAUUUUGGUGCUUAGUAAGGUCCCUGCUACUGUUUAGGGAGUUUGUUUUGGCGGCCUGCUAGAGAUUCUGUUAUAUUUACUAUCCAUACUAUACGUGUAAAUUUUACUGGAGUAUAGAGUGGAUUUGAACUAUUGAAUUACUAGUAUAACCAACUAGUGUAAGAUAGUAGCGAAGUAAGUGUAACUCAAUUGGUUGGGUUUCUUGUGCCUACCUGUGUUUAAGUUCUACACUUACAUGGGUGCUUGAAUUUACGAUUGAUUAUUCAUUCAGUGAGGCGCAUGCGGUGAUUUCGUCGAGCCCAAAAUAAUUAACAUGUGUGCCACUUGGAUGAAUGUGCGUGUGUUGUGAGAGUUCUAUAUAUGUUUGUAGUGUAAGAUAUAUACUUACGGUGCACCUUUAAUUAAGAAACUAAUAAUGGGUUUUUAUUUUAUUCGUUGGACUGUUUAUGCCCAUUUUGUAGCGUCGAUUCUUGUUUCUGCUUGAUUCUGUUGGGCUCCUCGAUCAGUUGGGAAGAGUCCCGAUCCGAUCUGGCUGAAUAUAUUUGGACUCUCGAUCACGAUGUAAAUUAUAUUUAAUCACCGUGCAAUUAAUUAAGCGUGGCUGACAUAUCUACACGAUCAACCAAACCUGUUGCGUUGCACGCGAUCUCCAACUAGAAGAACAUGGCGUCCAACUCUCCGGCGACCUCCGACGCCGCCACCGGCGACGUGCCGGAGCCGAGCAGGUCGUCCAGCGUCGUCAAGGCAAUGUCCGGGUACCACGUGCUCAAGAUGGAGGGGUACGCCGCCGGGGUCAAGGGCCUCGGCGUUGGCAAGUUCAUCGACUCCGGCAGCUUCGACGUCGGCGGCCAUCGCUGGUGCAUAAGAUACUACCCCAAACGCAGCCCGGCCUCCCCCGGCGACGGCGACUGGAUAUCCAUCUACCUGAACCUGUGUAGCACGGCCGCCGCCAUCGGCGACGCCAAUGCAAGUUUCACCAUUAGUCUCCUCGACCAGGACGACGACGAGCAUCAGCCGGUGGCGGCGCACAGCCGGAGCUGCUCCUCAACGGUUACCUUCUCCUCCGCCGCCACCAAGGCUUGGGGUUUCCCCCGAUUCGUGGAGAGGAAGACGUUGGAGGAGUCGCCAUACCUGAGGGACGACAGCUUCGUCCUCCGCUGCGACGUCACCGUCUUCAAGGAGACCAUCAUCGAGCCAGCUGCUCCGACGCCGCUCGUCGCCGUGCCUCCGCCGGACAUGCACCGGCAUCUCGGGAGCCUCCUCUCCGGCGGGCAUGGGGCGGACGUCACGCUCCAGGUCGGCGACGAGACGUUCGCGGCGCACCGGUGCGUGCUCGCCGCCCGGUCGCCGGUGUUCAUGGCGGAGCUCUUCGGCCCGAUGGCGACGAGCCGUCACAACGACAGGGAGACGAUCCGUGUCCACGACAUGGAGCCGAGGGUGUUCGAGGCCAUGCUCCACUUCAUCUACAACGACUCGUUGCCCAAGGUAGACGACGACGAGGUGGUAGCCAUGGCGCAGCAUCUGCUCGUCGCGGCGGACAGGUACGGCAUGGAGAGGCUGAAGCUGAUGUGCGAGGACACGCUGUGCAGCCACGUCGACGCCAGCACGGCGGCUACGGCGUUGACGUUGGCUGAGCAGCAUCACUGUGAGGGGCUCAAGGAUGCUUGCUUCAAAUUCAUGGCGGAUCCUGAUAAUCUCAAGGUCGUCAUGGAGAGUGACGGCUAUCUGCAUCUGACAAGGAGCUGCUCUUAUGUUCUUAAGAAGUUGGCUACUUGAAUUGGGAGCUGUUAAUUAAUGAGGUUCAGUGGCAUACCUUUUUUAUAAUUAAUAAAGUUGAUCAUACUUUAUUGUAAUUACGUCCUGAUUACUGUAUACAUUUUGUGUACAAGCUUCAUUAUGAUACGAGUCUCCAUAUAUGGAUAAUGCAUCUUUGAAAAAAGAAAAGUCUUCAGAGUCCCUCCGUUCCAUGUUAUAAGACGUUUGGUUUAUAAAAAUUUACACAUAUAUUUCUUUAGAUAAAUAGGGUCUUCCUAUUUCGGGGGCUUUAGUAGGGUUUACUAUUAUUCAGGGGUUAUGAUCUGCGCCUGCUAGAGAUGCUUUUGUGUGUACUAUCCAUACCAUACAUGUAAAUUUUACUCAUAUAAAGUGGAUUCGAACUA